AUGUCGACAGAUGUUGUAAUCUGCAGUGAACCAUGUUGUUCAAGUACUGAUACAUUUUUAUGUGUAAAACAUUGUCAACGUUAUGUGUGUUUUGAUCAUUUACAAGAACACCACCGUGUAUAUGAGCAAGAAAAGAAUGAUUUACCAAAUGAACUUCGUCGAAAAAUUCAACGACGUUUUUCUCUUUAUAAUAGACUUAUUGAUGAAAUAAAAUUAAGUGAACAAGAAAAACGUGAUAUUGAAAUAGCUUGUACAGAAAUACGACGUACAUAUGAACAAAGACGACAUGAUUAUCAUCAAUUAAAAAUAGACGCAACAUCUGUGCUUGAAUCACAAUCAACAACAAACGAUCUGAAAACAUAUUUAGAAAAAUUAGAUGUUGCUAUUGAACGUGAACAACAACGAGAACGUGUUUAUUCAAAUUCAGACGCCCCCGUUAACAUUAAAAUUGAACCGAAUGAAUUUAUGGAUAGUAGAGAUUUUGAUCAUCCUGAAAGUAAUCAUGCAGAUUAUAUUGCAUCAAAUUCUUUAUCGAACAGUACAAGUUUAUCAAUGGAAAAUAAAGAUAAUAAAUCUGAAGAUUCAUUGGCGGAAGAAGGAGAACCUAGUGAUACUAAUUUUAGUGAUAUCGGUGAACCUGAUUCAGAUUAUGAAGAUAAUCGUCGACAUAAGGCAUCAAACAAUCAUUCAUCAUCAUCUUCAUCAAAUAUAAAUCAAUCUGUAACGAUAUAUCGUGGUCCAUGUCCUUUAAUACGUUCUGGUGUUUUUGGCAUUCUUCCAAUUCACAAUGUUCGUUUAUGCGAAGGAAAAUCGAGUUGUCUUUAUAAUCAUUUACAAAGUUUUCAUCAUAUGACAGCCCGUAGUGCAUAUAAAGUUUGUAAAGCUGUUUUACGACAACGUGAUCCAGUUGUAACCGUACUUUUUGGUUCAAAAGAUGUUUUAUAUAAUAAAAAUUUUCAUAUGGCAUGUCCAUUUAAUCAAGAUUCAAAAAAUCCCUUUGAUUGUCAACCAAAAUAUAUAAUAAAAGCUCCAUGUUCAUCAAUAAUAUCGCGUCUUGAUAUGCCAAGACAUUUACGUGAUGUUCAUCAUGUUUAUCGAUCAUGUGCAUUGAAAAUAGUUGCUGAAAUGCGGCGUUCUACAAAAACUUUUGAUAAAAAUAAUCCUGUUCAAUUAAAUCGAAAUCUUUUUGAUAAACAAGAAAAUAUUAUUGAAUUAACUGAUGAAAAAAAUCAUUCACAAAUUGGUAAAAAAAUUAAACGACAAAAAUAA